CUCACAGCACUCUAGGCCCAAUCAGUCAAUUGAUUAAAUCGCUUUGUUGGAGAACUAACUGGAUAAUCCUUAGAAACCUUAGCCCCAAACAGCCCCAAUGAGCUGCGACUUGAAGGACGAUCUACGGCGCUUUCUGCACUGGGGUCCCAUUACUCUUUUGGGUCUGACCCUGGUGGUCACCUGGACCGUGAUCGACAUGAAUGCGAUGUGGUGGACGCCGGGCGAGAGUCCUGGCUCCGUGAUCAACUACAGCCUGAUAUGGCUUCACACCCUUGGCACACUGUAUCAUUUUGUCAAGGCCUUGCUGGUGGGUCCCGGUUUUAUUCCGCUUCGCUGGCAUCCCGAAAGGAUCAAGGACGCUGAGCACUUGCAGUUCUGCCUUCGCUGCGAUGGCUACAAAGCGCCCAGAUCGCAUCACUGUCGCCGCUGCGAUCGAUGUGUGAUCAAGAUGGACCAUCAUUGCCCCUGGAUCAACGGCUGUGUGGGCUGGUCCAAUCAGGCCAGUUUCAUUUACUUUCUACUAUUUUUCCUAUCGGCCAGUCUCCAUGGAGGUGCUAUAAUCAUCUGCGCCGUAGUCCGGGGAUUGGGAAAACGCUGGCUGAUCAAACAAGGAUUGCAUCACAUGGCCACGGUGCACUUGACCCCCUCAAAUCUGAUGGCCUGUGUACUAAGUCUUGGAGUGACCACGGGCACGGGUUUGGCCAGCAUUAAGCUGCUCUACAUGCAGCUCAAGGUGAUACUCAGGAACCAGACUGAAAUCGAGAGCUGGAUUGUAAAGAAGGCGGCUUUUCGUCGCAACGCAUAUCCUGGCAAAAGGAUCAGGCCAUUUGUUUUCCCCUACAAUUUGGGCUGGAAGGCCAACUGCCGCGAGGUCUUUCUAGCCAGUGGCGAUGGCAUCUCCUGGCCAGUUUUGCCAGGAUGUGAUCAAUACACCAUCACCAGGGAACAAUUGGAACAGAAGAAGGACAAAAGGGCUCGUACCCGUAGCUACAGGUGCAUUCGCCCUGCCACGGGCAACUGGGUGCCCAUUAUUUCACAGGGCUUGUGGACAUCCCUCAACAUUCCCUGCACCGAUGAUCCUCGCAUUGUCCUGCAGCCAGAUGAUCUGGUGCAGGUGACUCGCAUUCAGGACUAUUGGCUUUAUGGUGAGAGGGUGAGGUCGGAGGAGCAAAACGAAAAGGGUUCAAGACGAAAGGGUGCCAUUAGGGGCUGGUUUCCCAGCUGUUGUGUUCUGGAGAUACCAAAUGAAGAAUCUGAAGCGGAGGAGGACAACGAUGAAACGGAACAAAUGGAACAGAAGUCUAAGAAGACAUUCAAAGAGAUUGCUAGUCAGAAUAAAAGGAUGCUGGAUUUGGUCAGCCCGACAGGGAAAGCCAAGAAAGCGACUGCGCGUCCAGUAAAGUGUAUUCCUUCAGGCGACUUUCAUCCUGAAGCGAAAUUCCUGACAUAUGCCGCAAUGAAAUGGCUAGGGUUAACCGACGCAUUAAUCUCUUAG